GAGAGAGAGAGAGGGGGGGGGAGGGGAUUCCUGCGCAAGCAAAUGGCUGCUUCCUCUAAACCCUCCGAAGCCGAGUCUCCACUCUACUACCACCCUCUACCUCCGGACCACCACCACCCCCACCCCCACCAGGACUACUUUGUCUUACCUCUUUACUUUCCGGCCUCCGGCCGCCGCCGGCUCCGCCGCCGCAUCAUCUCCGCUGUCUCCUUCCUGCUCCUAGCCGUCGCCGCCUACUGCCUCUGGCCCUCCGAUCCCGAUAUCAAGAUAGUCCGCCUGCACCUCGACCGCCUCCACAUCCGAACCAAUCCUGCCAUUGCCGUCGAUAUCGUCUUGCGGCUGACUGUCAAGGUCCGCAACGUGGGUCUCUACUCCACCGACUACCGCUCGCUCGUCGUCUCAAUUGGCUACAGGGGAAAGCAGCUAGGGUUUAUGAAGUCGGACCGUGGCUUCGUCAGACCGAGGGGCUCAUCGUACGUGGACGCUGUUCUUGAACUUGACGGAGUUGAGGUCCUGUCUGACGCGAUUCUGUUGCUCGAAGACUUGGCUAGGGGUUCGGUUCCCUUCGACACGGUUACGGAAAUUCGCGGUCAGCUUGGGUUGUUCUUCUUCGAGCUCCCUCUGAAGGCAAAAGUAUCAUGUGAGGUUUAUGUAAACACUCGAAACCAAACAAUUAUCCGUCAGAAUUGUUACCCUGAGUGAUGAACAUGGAGGAGCGGACUAUAUGGUUCAAUGACAGCUGCAGCCCCUACUUGUGCAUUUAAGCAGGUUCUGUUAUGUGAAAUCCAGAAGGCCUACGUCAUAUCAUGUUCUGUUUCUGCAAUUAUAAGCAUAAACUAUAUGAAAGUCAUUGUUCACUGUCAUAUAUCCUGUAUGUAUUAUUCUUCCAUGAAAAUACUCAUCUUUUGUUAAGCAUAAGGUGCUAAUCCUUUAUUAUACAAUACUUUUUCUGCAUCCAAACGCCAA